CACAUCACAGGCUUCCCUCACUUGUUCCCUUCCUGAAUCACAGUUAUGGAGUAGAUCUUCAUGUCUUCUGGGUUUGACCCACCUGUGUGACUUGCCUUUGUAUUAACAGCUGAUGUUCCCCUGUGGUGGCUUGAGCAGAUGACAGAUCCUUCCCAGCCAGCAGCCCAGGACUCUGCAUGUCCCUGUAUCUAGUCAGUCUUGUUCAGAGAAGUACUCGGUAAUCUAUGGGACAUGUCCAUUCGCAAGAGACCUGGAUCUUGGCAGGAAGAAGUAGCUAGGGGCUUCUCCAGGUUCUUUUCUAGGACAUCUUCACAGGAGAAAGAGGAUGACAAGAAGACAGCUAUCAGUAAGGAUUCUGGAGAUGAGCAGGAGAAAAGUGAGAGAGGCUUAUCGAGACUUUUCUCCAGGGCUUCAUCCCAGGACAAGAAGGAGGGCGAUGAGAAGCCUAAUUCUGGUAGAGAACCUUCAGAGGAGCCAGGUAAAAGCCAGGGUGUAUCCGGACUCUUUUCCAGAAGAUUAUCCCAGGACAAUAAGGGCGACACUGACCAGACCCCAAAAGAUGAACCAGAGAAAAAUAAAGUGUUUUCUAGGCUGUUCACCAGAGCAUCCUCUCAGGAGAAAGAGGAGGAGAGUGAGGAUACUAAAAUAAAAGGUGUAUCCCCAGAAGCUAGCAGCCAAGAAGAUGAAAGCACUCAUCUGACGACAGAUAACAGUGAAAAUGCGUCUUCUUGGGAACAGAUUAACGGAGACCAAAAUUCUGUACCAUAUGUACAGGAUACAACAGGAACCGAAGGGGGAAAUGAUUCCGAUGAGCCUGGCUUCUCUGAGGAAAUAAAAGUACAGGAUCCAGAGAAACAAUCAAGAGAGAACUUUCUCCAUUUUAUUGGAAACCUGUUCAGUUUCAAGUCCUCACCAGCUCAUCCAAAACAGGUUCCUAUUAACCAGGACCUUAGUAAGGAAAACGAAGAUGCACAAGAUAAAAAUAACUUUGAUGGGGAAACAUUAAAUGAGGAACAGACGGUAGAUGUAUAUAGUGGUGUAACACAAGAAACAGAAGAUAUCACAACAAGCACAGACCUGAACAUGGGGAAUAGUUACAUAGAAACUCCUUCAAGUAGUACAGACAUUCCAUCCAGUAUAACAGAAAGCGUUUCUAGAAGCUCAGAAACCCCAUCCAGUAUAACAGAAAGUUCUGCUAGAAGCACAGAAACCUCAUCCAAUACCACAGAGUCCUCUUUUGGAAGCACAGAAACUCAUAUUGGUAACACAGAAACCCCUUCUGAAGUUGCAGAGAGACAAUAUGAACAGUCACCUCCCAAAAAAUCCAAGAAACAAUCUUCAAAUACUCUAGAUGCCCCAGCUAUUACAUACGGCACCUACCGUGGAUCCAGAAGAAUUAGAAAACUCCUCAAAAGAAGGGCAGAGGUCAAUUCUCCAAUACUUGAGAAAGAAGAGAACAGUGAAAGAGAAACCCCAGAUAUCGGAAAAACAGAUUCCACAGUUCUGCCGCAGUCAGAUAUUUUAGAGAAAAUUUCAGGCUUGUCUAAAAAUGUUGAUCAAGAAAAUUGGCCAACAUCUCAAACGAUGCUUGUUGAAGUCCAACUACACACAAAUGAAAAUGGGAAUUCAUUUCAUACAGAUAAUCUGCCACCAGACACAGAGAACUCUGACAUUACAGAAUAUGUGCAAUCAAAUGCUCAAGUCGAUGACUUGACCAUCAAAGACAGUCUAAUACCAAAUGAAACAGAUGACUCAAAGAUUUUAGAGGAUGAGCUAAUAUCUGUCACCACUAAGACUGGACAAAAUCUUCAACUGAGGCCAGAGGAAAAAUCCACAUCUACAGACGGUGUAGAAUCCGAUACAAACAGUGCCAUAAAAUCUACUGAAGGCUGGGAUCCUCAUGCAGGUGAGGACUCAAAGAAUACUGAUUAUCUUGAAACAUACAGAGAGCAGAAUGUAAUUGGUUUAGAUGAUCAUCGGCUUACUGUAGGUCAAAUUGCAAAGAGUGAGGAGAAUCUUCACCUACUUGCCAUUGAGAACUCAAAAAUAAUGAAGGAUUUUGAACCAAAAGACGAAAAUAUUUCAACUGAUUUGCAGUCAGAUGUAGAGAUGAUCUCAGACAAUGAAGAACAUCCUCCAAAUCAAAACUCAAGGCUUUUGGAGAAAGUGAAUACAUGGGCAACUGAGAAUGAAAUAUAUAUUAUGGAUCUGCAACAGUCAUCAGAAACUGGAGAUCUGCAGAAAUGUGUAGAGGAUGAUGCAGUGAGUUCAGGUGAUGAACAGUCAAAUAUUGAAUCUAGUAUUCAGUCUACUAUGGAUUUUGAAGGAAGUACAAAACUUACAGGAGAUUUGUCAACGCAUGCAGUGGAAAUUUCAAAGAUUGCAGCGGAUCAGAGAACCGAGAAUGCAAAGCCUGGUGUGGAUUUCCAACGACAUACAAAACCAACACCUACAUGGGAUAUUCAAAGGCAUUUAGAGGAAAGUGCAAAAGAUUUAGAGGAUCACGAAGCAAAUGAAGAACAAAGUUUAAAAUCAGCUCAGGACCGGCAGUUGUAUGCAAAGGAUAAAAGUUUCAAGCAGCAAAUUAUUAUAGGAGUAUAUUCUCAUUCUUGUACAACUGAGAUUUCAACAUCUGAAAGAAAUUGCCCGCCAAAUGUAGGAGAGAAUACAGAGUAUGCAGGAAAUAUUCAACUGUUUCCUGAGGAAAUUGCAGAAGAUCAACAUCCAGGUGCAGAUAAUGUAUCAAUUAGAGCAGGGGAAGUCUCAACAACAUGUGAUGUGCAACCAUAUGUAAAUAAAAUCUCACAGGACACAGAAGAUUUGCAACCAUAUGUGAAGGAGAUGCUAAAUACUGAUAUGUUGGAGCACCCACUUAUUCAUGUGAAUUUCAGUACGAAAGAUAAUUUACAAAGAAAUUUUGAGGAAAUCUCAACCUCUUUAGAUGACUCAUACCCAUACAAGGAGUCCACAGAGAACAAUGUGCAAGACGUGCUACUUGAUGCAGAGACUGGACACUUGCCUACAGUUCUAACAAAUGAACAUACUGCGUUAAUUAAUAGUUCGUUCACUUGUCAGUCUGCUAGUGAACAGUUUGAUGAAAAAGAAGAUGGUGGUUUUCUACAAACACUUGUUCAGCUUCAGCCAGAAGAGGACUCCAAUAUGUACAAUACAUACUCAGGUGAAGAUUAUGCCAAAUGCAUUGACACCAAAUACAAUGAACUGGAGUUCACUUCAGGCACAGAAGCCGAUAAAUCUGCAAUAAUUGGGACAAUCCCUCAGAAUCUUGAUCGGUCUGUAUUACACAACAAUAAUUAUGACUCUGUUUCAAUUGUCAGUUCAACACCGGAGAAUAUGCAGAACAAUCAAAUCUAUGCUAUGCCAUCUUCAUUCCAAGAAGAUACAAAUGAAUCUGACCACAAGUUUACAAAUGCAAGUGGUAGCUCUCUACCUCAUUUGGAUAGUAUCAGUGACAUUUGUUCUUCUCCAGUAUCUAUGGGCGUGACUACUGAUGUUGAAACAGUAGGUAAUAAUGAUUUCAACAAUAUUUGUUCAUCAUCCAGUUUAUCAAAAUAUUACAGUCCCACAAAAGAAACGCUAGCCCUCUCAUUUGAUAAUUCUGUAGAUAUCCCAUCCUCUCUUCCUACCACAAGCUCAGAGUCUCCAUUAUCUCCAGCUGCAUGUGUUGGUUUGAGGGAUGAUAGCCCUUUGCCAUACGAAGAUGGCAUUGAUUCAGGAAUAGUUUCAUCUCAAGCUUAUACACCAGAAGAAAAUAUAAUGGCAAUUUCUCCUGACAUGUACAGCAGUAUAAAAUGUGAUACUCCUGAAAUUUCAAUUAAACAAGAAAAAAGUACACUUGAUUCUCUAGAGCUAGACAAAGAAAAGCCCGUAGAUUGUCUUUUUACUCCAUCUGGUUUGGAUAACACAAAACAACUGAACAUUUUACCAACACUGAGACAAGAAACUCUUCCAGAUAUGGAAGAAAGAUCUGAAUUUAGUGACAGUUCAUUCACAGAUGUGACUUCAGCAGUCAAAUAUCCAGAGUAUGAUAAAGCAGUGGCCAUACCUUCUUUUCCCUUUUACAGUGGAGAUGAUUCUAAACCCAACUUUAAUAAAGAAGGCAUAUAUGUUGCAAAGGUCCUUGUCAAGUCUGUAGAUGUUGAAGAAGUGAAAGUCUCUCCCUAUAGUUUAACAUCGGAGGUUAUUACAGUGAGUAAACUUGAAAGUCCCAAGUUUGAACCAGAAUAUAUUUGUUUACCAAAUACAUCCCCUCCACCUGAAGCUUCAACACCAAUACAUGAUUUUCAGGCCCCUGUACAUUAUCAAGCAAUGGAAUAUAAUACUAUUGUUAAGAAUAUUUUCUCUGAAAAGGAAGAAAUACAAAAUUAUCCAACCAUGAAUUUUCAAAAUGGACCUAUCCCUGAGAAAAUGGAACAAGGGAUGCAGGUGCAAAAAUCAGAUGAUGGUCAAUUGAAUAACAGUCUUGUUACUUUCAAGCUAAAUAAAAUUCAAUCUGAAGAUGAUGAUCAGUUCCAUCAUGAUGUAAUCGACAAGGCAGCUCCUGAUUUGGAAAUUUCAAAUUCAGCAAGUAAAAGGAAAGACAUUCCUUUGGAUAUUGGUAAAAUGUUGCCAAAUGUAUAUAAAAGCGAUAUAUCGGAUCCAAAUGCACUUUAUGAAUUCCCAAUAAUGUCAGAUAAAUCAUCAGAUGAAAGGAGAGAGAACCUAAAAAACAAUAAUUUUGUUCCUCCAGUGAAGUCAGUACAGGACAAUUGUGUGAGUCUGCCAGCCAGGAAACAUAAACCAUUAAAUGAAAAAGCUGAUGACAUCUCGAUACCUAGUGUUUCUCAGGAGGAAAGUGAAAACCUUGAUUUGUAUAGAAACUUCCCAGAUUUUGAGCCAAAUCUUAAAGUGAUUCACGCAGAGCCGAGGAAUUCCGAUGAUGCAUUGCAUACUUCCUCAUUACAAGAUGGAAGCUCUCCAAUUUCACCAGCACAUUCUCCAAAAGACAUAGCUGUUGUCUUUCCAAAACCAUAUAUUUUAAAACCAUCCAACAAUAUCGAAGAAACAAAUGAGAAAAUUUUCACUUCGAUCUAUACAGAUACAAAAGAGUCCCCACUAGCAAAUAAUGUAAAUAUAUGCCAGACUAAUAAUAAUCAGAACAUAAUCACACCCAAUGCUGUAGGCUUGAAUUACUCUGAAAGCAAAGACCCAUAUGGAUCAAUUGCUGCAGAAAUAGUAAAUGAUGUUAUGGUCUCAGUUGCGCAAUUCUUGGUUCCUAAUAAGCAGCAGAGUGAACUGAAUCUCAGUGAUGACAAAAUUCCAUAUAGCAGUCUAAACAAUACCAAUGCGGAUAUUUUAGAUCGUAAAUAUGAUGGAAUCUCACAAUCACCAAACUCAAUCAGGCAAUUAUCAUCGUUAGAACUGCACAAUGCAAACAACAUUCCGUCUGGUGAAAUAAAUGCUAAUAUUUUGUUACCAAUGGAUAUGCCACAGAAUACUUCACUCACUACCCAGAAACGUGACCUGGAAUCCUGUCCUGCCAUUGUUUCAGAUGACCAAGGACACAUAAAUGAAGGUCCUUUAACUGGGAGCCUAAACAACAAUCUGUCCACAGGCAUGAUCCCUAAUGAACAUAUUGACACACAUUGGGAAAGUAAUUUAGAAGAAAAAGACAUCCCACAGGAUUCAGAUGAUGAAAAUAUUAGUUUUAUUGAAAAUGACAUUUACGACAAAUCUAUAGAAUAUUUAUCUGAUUUAUCACAGACCACCAGUCGCGAUAUUGAGCUAAUAGGAGAUGACAGUAGUGAUGUCAGAGAAGAACACAACUUGUCCCCAUCUGAAACAAAAUCUGAUUAUAAUGAUGCUUUUUCUUUGUACAAUGGUUACUAUGUUGAAAUAGGAGAAAGUGAUGAAGAAACAGCUGAUGGAGAAAAUUAUGUAGAUGGCACUUCAGAAGAAGAACAUACAGAUGCACUUCAAUCCACGCAAAUAAGACGAGUUCCGUUUUACCCCUUUUCAUUGUCUCCUAUAUAUGAAGAUGACAGCUCUUCUGAAGAUGUCUUAUCCAAUCACACUUCUCCAAGGCCUGCUCAAGGAAAAGAUGAAAAUACCAAUUCUAAUGACCACACAUCAAUAUUAUCCCUCCUUCAGUCCGUAUCAGAUCGGUUGAAACAAGAAAAUGUUUUGUCACUUGAUAACAAUAAACCAUAUGUCAAUGCAGACUUAAACCAAACUGGAAUGGAAACAACAGAAAAAGCAAUUUCUCCAUCUAGCACAGAUGCCAACAUCUUAAAUGAUAAGCAGGAGAAGCCAACAGACUCCUCUCAGAUAUCCCAAAGGCAUGGGUUGUUUAUUACAAAGUCUAUAAUAGACAACCGUCCUGCUCUUGGCUUAGGACGAAAGUCUUUUCUUUUAAAUAUGAGCUCUGAGACUGCGUCAUAUGGCUCAAAAUCAAAUGGUGAGACCAUUUCAGAAUUAGGUAGCAAGACUUCAGUAUUAGAGGAACCAACUCCCACUGUAGCUGAAUCUGAUUCUAGCGUUGACUCUGCUUCAAAUUCUGCUCCUGUUAAGGCACCAUCCAUGUUACCAAUGGCAACAAAAUCAGACUUUUCUUUUCAGACAUCUGACAUUGAACCAAAGUCGCGGCUAAGUUCUAGAAGUGUCUAUUACCAGUAUUUCAGUGACGCAAACAGCUAUUCUGACAGUACAGAAAACAAAACAAGCCAUCCUCAGAGGAAGAACAGUUCUCAGGAAAACAGUCCACAGAAAGCUGAAAUUCCAGUGAUGAGCCUAAGCAACCCAGACACCAUAAAGCCAAAUCAAAGGCCUGGAAAGGUGGUAAUUUCAGAUAUUAUUGAACAUGAAAGGAGGAUUGAUUUAUACGAAGACAUUCUUGAUGCUACAACCGCCGUCUUUCCAAACGGAGUUAACAUAAGGGUUAUUAGAGGAUGCUGGAUUUUGUAUGAGAAGCCACACUUCCAAGGUCAAGCUCAUGUCCUUGAAGAAGGAGAAGCGGUUUUGCAGUCUCUGUGGGGUUCUCCUGGAGCCAAAUCCAAACCAGAAGAAAUCAUCAUAGGAUCUGUUAAGAGAGUAGCCAAGGAUUACUUUCCAGAAAUUGUAUUAUCCCGACUGUUUGGAACAACUGGUGUUCCCAUUCACUUGCAUACAGAGGUUCCCUUUUUAAAAAAACAGGUGGACAGCAUCCCUCGUUCCUUAGAGGUCAUGUCAGGCGUAUGGCUGGCAUAUACAGAUGCUCAGUUUAAUGGUAAUGUCAGUGUUUUAGAAGAAGGCUCAGUUCUCUCUCCAGUUCAUGAAAGUGGAAUACAAUCACUGAGACCCUUAAAGUUGGGAGGAUUAAAAGUGGAGCAGCCCAGUCAACCAAAGGUAAUUGUUUAUCAGAAGCCCAAUUUUGAAGGCUGGUCAAGAGAACUCACAGAUCAUGUCUACAGCAUCAAAACAAUGAUUUGUGAGGGUGAGGACCAAAAGAUUGGAUCAAUGAGAGUUAUUGGUGGAAUAUGGGUCGGCUAUGAGAAAGAGAGGUAUAAGGGAAUGCAAUAUCUGUUGGAAGAGGGGGAAUAUGAAGACUGGAAUUCCUGGGGUGGAUUUUCAGAUGCCUUGCAGUCCUUACGGUAUCUACAUGCAGACUUUUUGGAGACGUCUGUCACACUGUUUGAAUCGGAAGCAGAAGAUCAAAAAUCAAUAGAUCUUUUCAAUCAGGCUGUUUCUGAUUUGGAAUUGAGUGGAUAUAGCAGAGAAACACAGUGUAUCCAUGUCAAAAAAGGAAUAUGGGUUGCUUACCAGCAGAAAUAUUUUUGUGGUGAGCAGUAUAUUUUGGAAAAAGGCAGAUACAAAAGCUGUGUGGACUGGGGAGGAAACACGAAUACAAUUAUGUCAAUUCGGCCUGUUAUGUUGGAGGCCCUUGGGAAGGAUGAUCCGAAACACUGGAUAAAAGCAUUCAGCUGUGAAAAUUUCCAGGGACAAUGUGAGGACUUCUCAAUGGAGACUUCUGAUUUUACAACAUUUGCACCCAGAUCUUUCAAAGUGCUAAGAGGAUGCUGGCUGCUGUUCUACCAGAUAGACUCAAGGGAAAAUCUGUGCGUGUUGGAGGAAGGACAUUUUCCUGACUUGGCCAUGUGCGACUGUCCGACAGCUGUGAUCCACUAUAUCAAGCCAGUAGAUUAUGUCUUUGCAGAACCAGCUAUUAGUCUGUUUGCGCUGGAUUUGUGUGAGGGAAGAGAGCUGCACUUUGAGGAACCUGUCACAUCGGUACUUAGCAAAGACCUGAACUUUUACACUCAAUCAGUAUGGGUGCGAAGAGGACUUUGGAUUGCAUUUGAAGGGGCAAAUUUCUUAGGAAGACAAAUGCUGCUGGAUGCCGGGCAGAUUUUAAAUUGGACAGAAUUCAGUGGCUGGAAGGCCAUCGGCUCACUUCGUCCUUUGAAACAGACUCCAGUAUAUUUCAGGAUAAGAAAUCGACACAAUGACAAAUACUUGACAGUUACUGGAACACUAACAGAUACAAGAACAACGUUUGCUUGUGCGUCUUCAAGAAAUGGACAAAACACUCAGAUCUGGUAUUUCUGCCGUGGCCUGUUGAAAUCCAAGGCAAAUGAUUCUUGCUUGGAUAUCAUAGGAGGUAAAAACCUCCCUGGGUCCAAAGUAUCUCUUUGGGCGGAGCAUGGAAAAUCCCGGCAGAAAUGGAGUAUCAAUAAAGAUGGAACAAUCACUUCAUACAUCAGUGACGACCUUGUUUUAGAUCUCAAAGGAGGAAAUUAUUACGAUCAAAAUUACAUUGUGGUAAACCGGGCCCAGCAAGACAUCGUCACCCAGAAAUGGGAUAUUGAGAUACUGUGAAGGGAAAAACUAUGACCUCAAUGUUUUAUUGAAAAUAUUUCAAUUUACGCUGUGGGAAAAAAAAGCAAACUACUAAAGUCAUUUCCCACUGGAUUGCGACUGAAUAAACCUGCUUGGCAGAAGCCCAGGAAGAUGGAUUUAAAGUUCCUUGGACAUGCAAUUUCCUACACGUGCAGACCAAAAAUGCAGAACCGUGUCUGCCACCAAUCAGGAAAGUACAGUGCCAGGAAACUGUCAGGAGUAAUCUUCGUUUUAUUGCCAUAAUCCCCUGUGUUCAUCUGCUUCAGUGGGUCUAGCAAUCCGCAGGUCAUGUUUUGGAAAAACUCACUUAGAUGUGCCCGUCCUGAUUCUAGAAUAUAUCGCUCACUGUAUUUACUGACUUAAUGGGAGAGCAACACACAGCAACAAAGACUGACACAAUUUGUAUCGAAAUAUAUAGAUAGAUCGAGAGAGAGAUAACCCUGCCAUUAAUGGUAACAUGUGGAUUUCUUACAUGAACAUAGGUGUCCACUGGAAAAACAUUUAUGGAUUAUAAUCUAAACAUCAUAGACUAACAUCCUUUCAUUUAUAAUAUUUGCUGGUACAUAAAUGAGUGUCAUCUGUUGGUUCAGCAGGAACAAAUGUGUGUCUGUUCUCUGUCUGUCUAUCUACCUACCUGUAUCUAUCUAUCUAUCUAUCUAU